AUGUGGAGUGUUCAACUUUCGUCUAUUGAGCCUUUUGUAUACUCCAUCUUCGGGCUUCAGUAUCCUCUUGGGCAGCCAACGCACGAACAAAAGGCCUGUCAAGCAAAAUUUGAUGAUCUAAUCGCCAACCAUGCGAGCCAUAUCGAUCGCCUGCUCCAAGACGGAUGUGCAGUCUCCAAGCAAGGAAAAACUUUCAUAUGGCUCGGCUAUUGGAAGACGCGAACGGAAUAUCUCAACUGGUGGACUAGCGAUGUAGUCACCGAUUUCUGGACACAGCUAUCGCCAUAUGCAGGGAUGUGGAGAGAGAUCAUGAUGCCAAGUACAACACGUACUCAGUAUGGGACCAAUCAACCCAAGUCUUCUGGUCUCGGUCAUCUGGGACCUCCUACAAGCAUGGGGAAAAGGUCUGGGUACUGGGGCUGUUAUCGACAUCGAAUGUCUGCUUCCCAGGAUGAUAACUUUGCGACACAUAUUGAAAAAGAUAUCGUUGCACGCCGCUCACCCCACGAUACCCACGAUGAGCUCCCGAUCAGAGCCGGACGCCUAUUCCUGGCAAAUCUUCCGGACAACAUCUGUUUCGUCGUGGAGGGCCAAGACCAUUCGGAUGUUUCAGACGCGGAGAAUGAAUUCUGGUUCAGAAAUUUCGACCAGUCAGUCGAACGAUGGAUGAAAGAUCUACUGUCCGCUGAUGAAAGUUCUGGCAUCCUCGACAGCAGACUCUGCUAUGACCCAGAGAGCGGUAUAUUUCGAGAGUCAGACUUGCCCGCCUUGGACUACAAUAAGAAGGUGCAGCUCUUCUACUUCAAAGACUUGAGGCAUAUGGAGACUAUUGGGCGCCGUAACAAAGGGCACGUUGACCUGCGGCACCGUUUCAUGCGUGCUUACGGACCCGGUGGGGAAAUGAGCUCUGGCAAGGUCUGUUUGUGGGUAGAAACGACUGUACUUAAAGGCAACGAAAUAGAAUGCGAGUAUGUAGGGUGCUUGGAGGGUACGGGUUGGAUGGCUCUAGCCGGACGCCCGGUAUUUCCAGUUGAAUACCGUGAUUGA